AGCCGGAAGGGCCAGGUAGCCGCGGCUUUGCCUUCGCGAAGAAAGGGGUGUAGAGAAUAUCAAAGUGGUGGCUACAGUUCCACCCCUGGUCUGGCUGCCAUGUAUCAUGGGCAAACUACUAGUAAAGGGCCGUGUAAUUCCACGCAGAUUUACCAGCAACCUCCAAGGCUUCUCAUUGUGCAUAUCGCUCUACCAUCCUGGGCUGACCUCUGCUCCAACCUCUGUGAGGCUCUGCAGAACUUUUUCUCUCUAGCCUGCAGCUUGAUGGGCCCCAGCCGCAUGUCCCUCUUCAGCUUAUACGUUGUACAAAAUCAGCAUGAGUGCAUCCUCCCCUUUGUGCAAGUGAAAGGGAACUUUGCUAGGCUGCAGGCCUGCAUCUCAGAACUCCGCAUAUUGCAAAGAGAAGGUUGUUUCAGACCACAAGCCACUUCUCUGCAGCUGGCAAUAAAGGAUGGGCUCCAGCAGUUCAAACAGUACAGUGGACACAUGACCACAAGUGCAGCUUUGACCUACACUUCCCUGGAGAUUACUGUUCUGACUUCACAGCCUGGAAAAGAGGUGGUCAAACAAUUGGAGGAAGGAUUGAAAGAUACAGACAUAGUCAGAGUCAGGAGGCUUCAGGUGGUUGAGAUCACAAAGGGAGUCCUAGAAUGUAUGGACUCAGCAUCCCCUGUUGAAGAGGCCAGCGACGACGAGAGUUCUAUCCUGGGAACUGAUAUUGACCUUCAGACUAUAGACAAUGAUGUUGUCAGCAUGGAGAUUUUCUUCAAAGCCUGGCUGCAUAACAAUGGAACAGACCAAGAACAUGUCCACCUUCUUCUUCCUUCACGGAGUUUCAGCAGCAUUUCCAGAGCCAGAGAUAAUCCAAUGUGCCUGAAAUGUGAUCUCCAAGAGCGACUUCUCAGCCCAUCCCUGCUCCCUGGAACAGCUGAUGGCUCCUUGAGAAUGGAUGACCCCAAAGGAGACUUCAGUACCCUCUACCAGAUGGUUUCCCAGUCAUCAGCCUCUCGUUACAAGCUCCGGGUGAUCAAGGCUCUAAAAUCCAGUGGGGUCUGCGAAUCACUGACAUAUGGACUCCCCUUCAUCCUCAGACCCACAAGCUGUUGGCAGCUGGAAUGGGAUGAGCUAGAAACAAAUCAGCAGCAUUUCCAUGCUUUGUGUCACAGCCUACUGAAAAGAGAAUGGCUGCUAUUGGCCAAAGGGGAGCCCCUGAGCCAAGGACAUAGCCUGAGAGAGCCCGCCAGCACCUUCUACGUGAUCCUGCCGUCUCGCUCUCCCAGUCUGCUGGUGAAGGCAGUGGCCACUCGGGAACUGAUGCUGCCCAGCCCUUUCCCCCUGCUACCUGAGGACAUGCCUGAUGACAGCCGUAAGACUGUGGAGAGCAUGCUGGAUGACCUGGAGCUAGAACCCACCUACAACCCCUUGCAGGUUUGGAGCCACCUGUACUCACACCUGAGCAGCACCUUUGCCAAGCCUCAGGGCCGGCUCCACCCAAGGUGGGAGAGCCGGGCUCUGACAAAGCAUCCCCGCAAGGCCGGGCCACUGCAAAUAAAUCGAGUUCGAGCCACAGUGGCCCCUUUGCCUAUGACUCCAGCCCCUGGCAGAGCCCCCAAGAUGGCAGCAGCCAGCAAAGCUUCCUCGGAUGUCUUCUUCCAGCCUUCCAUGGAGGAGGAGGAGGAGAUGGAGGAGGAGGCAGACGAGGAGUAUCCCUCAGGGCCCUAAGUCACCAGCACCAUAGCCCAGCUGCCCUGUGCAAGCACAUCCAUGCCAAGGCUCACACAAUGGCUUUCUGUGGACAGACUUGCCUCCUAUCCACCUGAGCCUCUGUGAGCUCCAGGUGGCUGGGAAACAGAGCCUUACCCUCCUCUGUCCUCAGUGCUGCCACUGCCCCACUCUUCAGGCUGGGAAGAGACACACCGACCCUUUCCCUUCUGCAAGCAGGGACUCAUUUUUCUUUUGGAUCAUUUGAUACUGUUAACACAAAUGAAGAUUAAAUAACCAGUAAGUCUCCA